AUGUUUGAAGCCGCUGAGCAUUCUCUUCACUCCAAAAGGCCACACCUUUCUCUCUGCUCUAACUCCAAGCAGACUCCACAUGAGACCAUGAUCGAAGAGAUAGAAGCCCUCAUGAUUUCACCUUCUGGUGGACACCCAUUUCACAAAACAGCCCACUUUCUCAAACCCAUUUCCCCUUCCUCCCUUCAUGAAAUCAAGCUCCCUACUUUCUUCUCCUCCCUCCCUUCACAUUUCAACCCUACAAAAUGGAAUCUGAAAGUUGAAUUCCCAGGAUGGCAACAUGGUCAGAAAGAAUGGAAAGAUUGGGUUAAAAAAAUGGCUCCACUUCACCGAUCUACAUGGAAGAAAGCUGGUAUUUAUGAAGCUAUACUCAACUCAACAUACCAAAUAAAACGAGACAAUGAUUUGGUAUAUGGGCUUGCAGAGAAAUGGUGCUCUGAAACCAACACCUUCAUUUUCCCAUGGGGUGAAGCCACAGUCACAUUGGAGGAUGUUAUGGUUUUGGGAGGCUUUCCUGUUUUGGGUGACUCUAUUUUCAGGCCUCUUCAAUCAAGAGAGAUGAGAGAAGUUAAAGAGAAACUUGAGAAAGAGCGAAGUGCAGUUAUAAAGAGCACUGGUAACGCUAAGACAAGCGCGUGGUUAAGCAAGUUCAUCAAUAAUGGGAGUGCACUCGAGCACGAAGCGUUUCUUGCAUAUUGGCUGUCCAGGAUUGCAGAUUUGAGAAAAACAAGGAGUAGUGAUGACACUAUAAAAUUGAUCUUGAAGUCACCAUUGCACUUUGUUCAAGUUUGGGCAUGGGAAAGAGUAUUGGAACUUAGUCCAUUUGCCAAUGUUGUGCGUAAUGUGGAGCCAAGGUUGGCUCGAUGGGAUAAAGUAAAUGGUGUGGGUGUGGAAGAUCUGAGGGAGAUAUUAGACACUGCCGGAGAAGGUUUCAUGUGGCGCCCUUAUGUCCUGGCCACUGAGAAGUCAAAUCUUCCUAAAUUCUAUUUGGAAAAGGACAAGUGGGUUGGUCCUUAUUUGGAUGAUGAGUUCCUGGCAUUUGCCUUAUGCUUGAAGGUGACUGAUUUGGUUGGAUUUGGUACUACGGAGCAGUUUGGUACUAAGGAGCAGUACCUUCCGCAUAGGGUAGCUAGGCAGUUUGGAUAUGAUCAAGACAUUCCCAGCUUUGUUGCUCAAACCGAUGACGAUUCUGAUAUUCUCCAUGGAAAAGAAAAUCCCCAUAUAGCCUGGAAAGGUAACAUCAAGGAAAUUAAGAAGCUGAAAUUGUAUAUCCCAUCUAGGCUUUCUGAAGCAGAUGUGAGCACAAGCUACAUGCAAUGGUGGGGUGCAACAGUGUCAGAGUUAAAGCACAUAAGUGAGCGUACUAUGCCACAGAAAAAGAAAGGAAAGAGUGUCGGAGGAUCAAUGCUGAAGGAUAAAAAUAGCCCAAUACGUCCUGGCUUUCGACUAAAGAAAGUUUUUGAGGGGUCAAAGGAAAGGAUAACUGAUUUCACCAUUCUUUCUGUUUCAAAUGCUCGCAAUGAAGGUAAUGACUCCCUUUUUCCUCCAGGAUUUUCUCCCCGAAGUAAUACCGUGGAAGCUGGAGAUCCUACGGAUGAAGUUGAACUAACUGUAUCAGCAACUUUGGAAAAAAGAAAGAAGCAUAUUGUUGAAACCAGAAAAAGGGAUGUUGAUUCAAUUCCCGAAGAAAGUUCUGCUGAUACUCUGAUACCAGAAAGAAUGCAGAAAGAGGAUAUGCUGAAUUCACCUCUGGUAUGUGGAUGUAAGGUCGAGAAGAACCUGAAACAUGUAAUGGGGAGUGAUGUAAGCAGUCCAGAUAAUGACCUGGUAAGCAUUGUUGGCAAUGACUGGGGUAGCAGGGUUGAGAAACAGGUCUCAGAGCUUAAAAAUAUCGUAAGAAGCUUAGAGAGAUCAGAAGUUUUGAAAUAUUGCAAGAAGCAGAAAAUUAUGGCAACUGGUAUAGGUGGUGACAGCGUGAAGUUAUCGGGUGUUGUUCAAAAUCUGGUAUACUCACUUCUGCAAGAAGGUUCUGUACAUUCUAUGCAUUCAGAGAGAUUUGAGAAAGAGGCUAUGGUGAGUGAAGAUGAAGCUCUGAUCGGAGGAUCCAGGGCAAAUACAAACCUGGAAAAUUUCAAGGGAAUUAAUGCAGGAUGUCCAGAUAACCAUACCGGCAAUGCUUUCUCUAGCUGCAGCUCUUCAUUUGAGAAACUACAUUCCUCAAAAGAAUGCCAGAAGAAUUUUUCGGAGCUUCAAGCUAGGAUUGCCAUACUUGAAAAUGUGGUUGGUGUGUCACAAGAAAACACUGAUGGAGCAGGUUUUAGGAACUGCUAA